GAGAGAGCGAGAGCCAGACAGAUCGGAGAUUAAGCAGAAGACGCCCAGAGAAUGCACAACAUUGUGGUUUCAAGAAAAUGUAUUAUUUGAUGGAACUACAUGAUGAAAGAAAAGCAUCCCUUAAGUAAAACUCCUGGAACAAAUCACUUUAUAAAAGAAAGUCAUUCAAAACUCAAAUAUCCCACUAAACAUACCAGAGAAAAAUGAGUAUCGACUGGGAUUACAGUUUGAAACUUUAAUUUUUAAUGGAAAUAUCUGUUCCAGCUCUUCAGCUUUAAAGGAAAAUACGGGAUUUUGGAUUAUCUGUUUCAAGAAACUCAGUUUAUUCUCAAGUUAAAAUGUUUUGAUUAUUAAGUGUAAAACGGAAGAAAUAUUUUUGAAUUUUGCCAUAUGUUUUUUUUUUAUACAAGUACUUAUUCCUAUUUCCAUGUUCAGUAUUACCUGAGUAAUGUACAUACAGGUGGUUCACAUUUUCAAAAACUUCUGCUUUCUCUGACUGAAUUUUAGACGUGCUCAUGGAAAGGACAUUGGGGUUGCAGUUUACUUUACAGUGAAGUAUUUUCAUCUGGAAACAGAAUUAAAAAAUAUAUAUAUUUUGCAUUGAAAAUGAAGAAGAUUGUCAUAAACAUUUUUAUGAAUAAUAAGCAAACAUUCAAUAUUAUGAGAGAUAAGAUAAAAAAUAUUUUAAAUAUAUAGUAAUUUUUGAAUAUUAGACGUGAUCAAUCAAAGUUGGUAUUUCUUCUGUGAGAUGAAACUUUUUUAAAGAUUCACAUUUUCAUCCAACACCCAAAAUGGUGAUGUCCCAAGGCACAUACACUUUUCUUACCUGCUUUGCAGGUUUCUGGUUAAUAUGGGCACUUAUUGUUAUGCUGUGCUGCUUUUGCAGUUUUGUUCAGCGAAGGGUGAAACGACGUAGAGAAGAACGCCUUCAUGAACAAAGUCUGCGUACUUUGGAAAUGGAUCCACUUACUUACCGUGGAUAUACUCCACGGGAACCAAUUAGUGUUUGCCUCACACAGGAUCACCCUGCCCAAAUUCAGUGUCCGCAGGUCAUACCUUCUGGAACAUGGACAGACACUUCUGAUAUGGACAUGUUUGGUAAACCACCAUGCUAUGAAGAUGCAGUAAUGAUGGAGGACCCACCACCUCCCUAUAGCCAAGUGUUAGCAGACACGAGAGGAGGAAUCUACAGUAAACCAGCGACUGGUAUAUCCCGAAAGCAGGACCCAGAACUCAGCAAAAUAAUCCCCACUCCAGAACCAUUGGUGCCUGAAAGCACUUAUGCUUCUUUUAUCAAUAUAUCUGGGACUGAGCAGUGGGGCACACUAAGGAGACCACAGACUACUGUCGAUCUGAAUCGAAAUAACCUUCCUUCUGAACAGCUUGCUUAUGCAAAUCUGUCUCUGUUGGGAGGUAAUGACCCUACAAAUGUUGAACUUACAACAUCUCUUCCAGAUAGGACCUGCUCUCUUCCUUGCCCAUUUCCAGUAAUAGGCAGGACCACGGCAGUGUAAAACUUUAUGACUGGAAUUAUUACUGGUAGUGUUUGAUAUCCUGGAAUGAAGGUAAAAGACUUUAUUGCAAAACUAAAUGUGAGAUUAAAAAAAAGAUUUUAGCCUUUGCAGGAUGGUAACUCUUGUGCUUCCAGCCUGCUGAUUUACAAAAUUAGAAACAAACAGUUUUACAAAACUGACUUCAAAAUUUUCUGUGAAGAUGGGAAGAUGAAAAGUGAACAUUCUUUAUGUAGUUAGGGAUGUAUCAGGUGUUGUAUCCUAGUUGAAUCUUAUGAAAGAACAGCAGUAUUAAGAUGCAUUAAACUGGUAUAAGGUAUAUUUCUUAUUCACUCCAUGAAAGUGCAUCAUUAAAUCUUUACUUAUACAGCAUAAAAAUAACCAUAAUAUACAGGUCAGUGUCUGUCAAAUAUUUUAUUUGGUUUAUUAUUCCAACAUCUUACUUACUUUGUGCCAGUGGUCUGCUUGGGUAGUAUCUACAUCUAAAAUACAUCAGAAAGACAAGCAGUUGAUGUCUAAAUCACAUUUAACCACUUGCUUUAUAUAAUUGGUUUUAAAAUAAAUGAUGUGGAAUAUCAUAAUUAAAGGGGGGCAGCAUAGUGGCCCAGUGGAUAGCACUACAGCUUUGCAGAUGCAGCAUCCUGGGGUCCUGACGAGCACCUGGACAUUGUGUGGAGUUUGUACAUUCUCCCCAUGUUAGACUGGAUCUUCCUGUCAUAUCCCCCAAUGGUUAAUUGGCUUUUCCAGAUUGUCCCUUGUGCGAGUAUGGCUGUAUGCAUGAGUGAGCUCCAUGUUGGACUGUUUAGGGCUGUUUCCUGCCUUGUACAAAGUGAUUUUAGAAUGGGCUGUGGCCCUCCAUGACUGAACUGAUUAGCCUGCUUUGAGAUUGAGAUUAGAUACAAUAUGAUCCUUUUAGCAAGAGUAGUACACUUUGAGGAUUAUUGUUUUCAUGUUGAGCUUUUAAGAUGUAUGUUUUAUGUUUCUGAAUAUCAUCAAAGUUUAAAAAUAUUUGGAUCAUCGAAGAAUUACUUAAUUUUCAAAUGAUUAAAAGAUACCAAAAACAAACUGAUGAUAAUAUAUCAUUAGGUAUAGCCAUUAUCAUGACUUGAGACCCAAGAAUUGCUCUCAGUAUUUUCAGCUAGCAUUAAAACAUACACUUUUUUCAAAACUGACACUUCCUUGCUGACAAUAGAUUUAUUUGCUUUACUAAUGUAAUACACUAAUUGCAACCAUAAAUAAAUAUUGCUCUGUGUUAAAUAUUCCCAACAUUGCUAUGUAAAACUACAUAUGUGUCAACAUUUUUACACACUUUAAUGGCAUACUACACGUAUCUGUCAAUAUGCCUUGAACCAAAAGUAUAUUUAAGUGAUUUGCCAUUGUUGAAUGCUAUGUGCAUGUUUACAAAAACCCUGCAUGUUCAGAGCUGUCAAGUAAAGAGUUUUCAUGCAAAAAACUGUCACAGUCAAAUCCUAUUCACCAUACUCACCAAAUUCACAUCAAAGCAAUUUUAUUUUUGUUUCCAAAAGUUAUUAGAUUUUUAUGGAUUUGUAAUUUAUUUAUAAUGUGACAUUUAUUUUCAAACCAAAAACAGUUUUUAUCAGGAGCAUUUCCAGAAUAGUUAGACUUUAUCAAGAUACGCUAAAGGAGACUAUAUUAAAGGAGAUAUAUUCAAAUAGCCAACAAGCUUCAUAGUUUCCUAUUAAAUUUUCAUCAGUCAUAUACAGUGGUAUGAAAAACUAUUUGCCCCCUUCCUGAUUUCUUAUUCUUU